AUGACAGAGGCCAUUGCUGCAUUGGUGGCCCUACCCAAAUGCAAUCAUUCCGCGGCUGAGGAAGGUCCCGGAGGUCGAGGUCCCUUGGGCACCAGUGUCAUCUUGAUGUCCAGCAAAGUUGGCGCAGACGGGACCUGCAAGCAAGGAGGGACCGGGAGAAUGAGUCCGCUGAUGCGUGUUAGGGUCUAUUAG